UACCCCCUCUCCUUCUCUCUAGCUCGUCUUCCUCCUCGCUGGAGCGCCUCCACCACAGGUCCCUUCGAUUCUCUCGCUCCCGACCGUUUCUCCUCCCAUCACCAAACGAACGGAUUCCGCCCUUUAGAUCCCCGUUUCAUAAUCUUCCCCAAUUCGUAACUGAGGCAAAAAUCAAGGGAGUGAUUUGGUGUUUCUUGGCCUUUCUGUUUGAUCAUGCUGGAUGAUUAUUCGUGGCAAAGGGGAAUGUUGCUUCUUUGGGGAGGCAUUGUGGCAAUAGGCAGCUAACUUGAUAAAUCAAACAAUUCAGGGCUACGUUGUUGUGGCGUAGUUACAUCUGACGAAGAGGUUACUUUUCCUUUGAUUCGGUGUUAUCAGCAAUCCAUAUACGGGAGAAACAACAACCAAGAAUAAAGUGAUCAUGGAGCACGUGAUUGGAGGGAAGUUUAAGCUUGGGAGAAAGAUUGGGAGUGGGUCAUUUGGGGAGCUAUACCUUGGUAUUAAUAUACAGAACGGAGAGGAAGUGGGAAUUAAGUUGGAACCUGUGAAAUCAAAACAUCCGCAGCUGCACUAUGAAUCAAAAGUUUAUAUGUUGAUGCAGGGUGGAAAUGGCAUCCCACAUCUUAAGUGGUAUGGCGUCGAGGGGGAGUACAAUGUUAUGGUGAUCGACCUUCUUGGCCCAAGCUUGGAAGACUUGUUUAACUCUUGCAACAGGAAAUUUACUAUGAAAACAGUCCUUAUGCUUGCUGAUCAACUAAUAACCCGAGUGGAAUACAUGCAUUCCAAGGGAUUUCUUCACCGUGACAUCAAGCCAGACAACUUCCUUAUGGGCUUAGGACGGAAAGCUAAUCAGGUAUAUAUAAUUGACUAUGGGCUUGCUAAGAAAUACAAGGAUCUCCAGACUCAUAAACACAUCCCCUACAGGGAAAAUAAAAAUCUGACGGGAACUGCACGCUAUGCUAGUGUGAAUACUCACCUUGGAAUAGAACAAAGCAGGAGAGAUGAUCUGGAGUCUGUUGGCUAUCUCCUACUGUAUUUUUUGAGAGGAAGUCUCCCGUGGCAGGGUCUUAAAGCUGGCACUAAGAAACAAAAGUAUGACAGAAUCAGUGAAAAGAAAAUGCUUACCGCAGCAGAGGUUCUGUGCAAAUCUUAUCCGUCGGAGUUCAUCUCAUAUUUCCACUAUUGCCGCUCCCUGCGAUUUGAAGACAGACCGGAUUACUCUUAUUUGAAGAAACUCUUUCGGGAUGUAUUUAUUCGUGAAGGAUAUCAAUUUGACUAUGUAUUUGACUGGACUGCACUCAAGUAUCCUCAUAUGAGCUCCAAUAACAAGCUUGUUCGGCAACCGAGUGGAAGAAUGGCUGGAGUUGGGCCAUCUGUGGAAAGGACAGACAGAUCUUCAGUAGGACAAGAUAUCCGGGACAGAUUUACUGGUGCUGUUGAGGCUUUCGCGAGAAGAAACUCAGGUAAUGGUCGCCAUGGAGACCAUUCAAGGCACAAGAGCCUCGCAGAGUCCUUCAUGUCGUCUAGAGAAGCUGUUGCUGAUUCGGAGAAAACGCACAUCUUGUCCCGGACAGGGAGCUCGUCGAAGAUGACCAUCACCCCGUCCAGCCGGCCGACUUCUUCGGGGGACUUGACCAGCCGGUUGGUCUCGGGCAGUGGCAGCAGCAACCACCCGUCGUCGUCCACCGUCCAGAGGCUCCACCACUCCGGCGGAGGCAGCACCGCUGAGAACGGCUCGUCGUCGCCCACCGCCCGGAACGCGCAAGGGGGGAGAGCCGGUGGCCGGCGGGACAGCCACGCGGCGCUCCGGAGCUUCGAGCGCCUCGCCAUCAGCGCCGAGAGGAGGAAGUGAUCGCGCUGCCGGUCGAUUUAAUGAUAUCAUGCCAAAGCCUUCGCGCGCCUAACAGAUUGCAUCUGUUAUAUGAUCGUGUAUUCCUUCCUACUCAGUAUGUACUAAUUCUUUGCCGCGGCGAAUUUGCCUUUGGUUCAGUUGGCUUUUGCACUUCUUGUGGGCAGAGGCCUCCCAAGUGCGGAACGCCUGCUCCUACUGACAGCAUCUCAGGUCAAUGAGAGCGUCGCGGUUAAAGGUACUUACUGGGUUUUGACUAGUUAGGAAAACAUCUCCAUUAGUACAUAAUGUAAUUCAUGUAACACAAAAUUGAUCUCAUUAGAUGUAUAUUCAGAAAUACCUAUACUUAUAAUUUCUUAUUAUUAUUGUGUAUCGUUACAUUUUAGUAAUUGUUGGCCAACGCUCUAUA